ACACUUCGUGUUUUUUGAAUAUUAACCGUGCAAAAUGAAAAGCUGCGUUUCCGUGUGCAUUGCUCUCUUCGCUGUAAACUGUUUUUCGCUGGAAGGCUGGAGUCAGUUGCUCGGCAGGAGAGUCUCUAAAUUCACUACGGUGUGGGGCUUUUCUUGGCAAAACUGCGGUGCACAAGAUGAUCCUGCAAAGAUGAAGAGUCUCAGUAUUUCUCCAGAUCCCAUUUCCAUCCCGGGACAGCUGACCGCAGCGGCGUCGGGCUCCACAUCAGUAGCGCUGGCAUCUCCUCUCUCUGUGAACGUGACGCUGGAAAGAGAAAUAGCAGGUUUGUGGGUGAAAAUACCAUGUCUGGAUGAAAUAGGAAGUUGUCAUUAUCCUAAUGCCUGUGACCUGCUCGAUCAGCUCAUCCCGCCAGGACAGGACUGUCCUGAGCCUCUGCACACAUACGACCUGCCCUGCCACUGCCCAUUCAAAGCUGGAGAUUAUGCUUUGCCAUCAUCAGAAAUCGUCAUACCAGACGUUGAACUGCCUGGCUGGCUGACCAAUGGCAACUACAGAGUACAGAGCAUUUUAGGAAGCUCUGAGAAAGAACUGGGAUGCCUCAAAAUCAGCUUCUCAUUGCAUUCCUCCAAGAAGUAAAAGAAAAGUCGUAUUUGAUUAUUCUA